AUGAAUCAAAUACCUGACUUUAUAGAUGUGUCAGCUCGUAUAGUACAAAAAAGUCAUCGUGUGCAAGUUAGAAAAACUCAUACAAUUCCAUAUGUAAUUCAAGUUCGGGCACUCGAUGGGCAAAGUAAAUCGCCGAAGCAAAGCUUUAUACAGCCAAAUCUUUGUGAAUCGCAACAGGUGGGCAUCCUCAGGGGUUUAUCCGAACUUCCCAAACAACAUAAAAACAGCGAUGACAUCUUAAAACACCUCGCCGUUGUUUACCUUUACACGGUACUGAAAUUUCCACCCAGAUGGACUUCACAAACGUUUAAAGAGAUAGCUGAGCUAGAAACGAGCAUUGAUAAGACUAAAUUGGGGAUUAAACUUCCAAUUCCACGGGAUGGCAAAAUUUACACUGUCCAUCUCUCAAACACCAUGUUAAAAGGAUGCCUUGAAAUGCGGCAAGAACAGUCCGGGCAAAUUCACCUGAACAUUAUCGAAGCACUUGCACGAAUCAAGCGAGGAAAGUCUGCUAUUUGGAAGUGCGACUCGGUUUUUUUCCUUAUUAGCCGUUCCUCGACAGGGUGGUAUUUUUAUACCAUGAAUUUGCAGAACCGACCAACAUUGAUGUUCUUUAGCUGUUCACAACUGAUGGUGAAUCUCGUCCAGAACUCAUACGGUUGCACAGGACGCUCGAAGUACUUUCUCUCAAAUGUGGUACUCCACUCGGUCGAGGACGGUGACAUAAUGCGCAUCGUAUGGAAAAUGAAGCACAGUGCUGGCAUGAGGAUGGUUUCACCACUGGAGGCCCUCCUACACGGGAACUGCUACUUAGUGCAACCCAGCUUGGAGCGAUCGUUGGAAAUUGUUCUGAACUUAUUAGAGUACGCGAUGAUUGAAUCGUCAAAACCGCGAGCGUGGGACAACAAGCUGCUGAAUAGAUGCUUCAGACGUAAGCCGACCCACGCGAAAGCAGCCGAAAAAAUUGUCGAUUUCAUACGUAAUCGAAACGGAUUAGAUUACACCAUCGCUUCGUACAAUCUGACCUCUAAGACUUCACCCAUCGGACACCGCCAGAGGAAGUAUUUCGAGAAGCAUGUCAGUUACCUACUCGCCUCCUGUACAACGCUGCUCGUGAUUGGACUUGACUGUUGUUUCUUGUUGUGGACGAAAGAUGAUUUCAUCUAUUGGUUUAGCCCGUAUCAGUACAGCGACUUGCAGGAGAAGCCGGAGGUGCUACAACACCGAGCCAGCUUCCUACACAUGACCAACUCGCUCGCCAAGGCAUCGAAAGCGCUGUUCGAGUACUUGUACGAACUAGGCAUUUUUCCCGAUCAUACGAUCGAGUUACUAUCGGUAACGGUCGAUGAGUCUAAAGCGGACAUUGGAAUAGCCGAAGACGAUGAGGAUUCGCCCGAUCACGAAUGCCUCACCAUACCUCUAACCGAUGAGACAGGAUGGGUUAGUUUCUACUCUCCAGCCAAUCACUCGCCGUCCGAGUUGCGGUUGGCCAGACAGAUGCUGGACAUGGUCUAUCGAUCGAUCGAAGCAAAAUGCGGAUGA